CUGUUUGGUUAGUCCUGGCCAGGCCCCAGCAUGGCUGCUGUUUGGUUAGUCCUGGCCAGGCCCCAGCAUGGCUACUGUUUGGUUAGUCCUGGCCAGGCCCCAGCGUGGCCGCUGUUUGGUUAGUCCUGGCCGGUCCCCAGCAUGGCUGCUGUUUGGUUAGUCUACUGUCCUCAGGUCUGCUUUGUCAUGUCCUUUGUUCAGUCUCUGUUUGUCCUGGUCAAUGGUGUGAAGUAUUUUGUGAAGGAGUGGUUGGAAUAGUUGUAGUUGGGGAGCUGAGAAAAGAGAAGAAUGUUUAGUUUUCUGUUGAGGAUUCUCUGAGCAAGGCAAUGCCACACGUUCGCGCCCUCUUUUUCAGAGAUCUAUCCACCCAAACAGUAGGAGAUUUGGUGGUGAGACAUACUUGCUGUGGCUUUGAAAAAGAGGGUUUAAGUGUUGUAACCUGGCCUAAAUCGGCCUUCUGAAGAAAAUGUAGAUUUAAUUCUAACAUUGCUUUGACACCCCACUCUGUCAGUUGGGCGCCUGCCUGCCCGCCACAUUAUGUUCCAAGGCAUGUUCUUCUUCGCUGAAUUAAAAAGAGAGAGGGAGGAAAAGCCAGCUGAACACGAAAAACGAAUCUAAUGGAAUUUAAAGCUAAUCUAAAUAUGCAAAUCUUCACACGCUUCAUAAACAGCCGAUAGUACCCGUUGCCCCCCUUCUCUCUCUCUCUCUUUCUCUCAGUAGUUGUGCAGAGUGGAAUGCCAUAGCCACGAGGGGUCCGUCAGUAAUGACAGACCCCUCAUUAAUAGCCCGGCCUGGUCUCUGUGUCUCCUGGGGGAGUUUGGGACCAGCAGUCCGAGACAUUCUAUUAGUUCUAUUAGCGCCCUCCACCUGUCCAUGCCAAUGUUCCCAGACCACCGCCCGAAAAUCCUCACACUGAAUUCUGGGAAGUUGUUUCUCAUCAUUUUUUACCAGGCCCUCUUAGCUAAUUAAUCUGUUGCUUGCAUUCUGCCGGUAAUUGGGUUUGUUCUGUUCCCCUCCCCCUCCCGCCUACGCUGUAUGCCUGUUCUGAGCCCAUCUCUCUUUUUUUUCUUCUCCUAUUCCCCUGUUUUUUUUAUCAUCCUCCAAAAGCCAUCCAAUUAAUAUGCUAAUGAGAUAAUACAUAUUUAUGGUGGUUUUAAAUUAUGCAGACAGCUUUCAGAGCCCGGUGUGAAACGAGUCACUCGCAGAACUUCAAAGCCUUGCAUCGCUAACGAGGCAGGGCUUGAUUUGCAUACUGCUUUAAUCAGCUGAAUACUGAUUAUACUUCAUUAUAGAGUGGGGGGAGAGAGGAGAGGGGGAGAGAGCUGCCAGCUGCAAUCGUUUAUUUUUCCUUCCAGAGAGGGAGAGAGAGAGAACUUUUCCAGUAGUCGUGACAAUCCUCGCGCGCACAGGAGACAGAGAGAGAGUCGGAGAAGAAGAGGGAGACCAUUGGAAAGGAAAGAGAAAGGUAGAGAAAGAGAGAGGAAAAAGGUAGAGAAAAAGAGAGAAAAAGGUAGAGAAAGAGAGAGGAAAAGGUAGAGAAAGAGAGGAAAAAGGUAGAGAAAGAGAGGAAAAAGGUAGAGAAAGAGAGAGGAAAAGGUAGAGAAAGAGAGAGGAAAAGGUAGAGAAAGAGAGAGGAAAAGGUAGAGAAAGAGAGAGGAAAAGGUAGAGAAAGAGAGAGGAAAAGGUAGAGAAAGAGAGAGGAAAAGGUAGAGAAAGAGAGAGGAAAAGGUAGAGAAAGAGAGAGGAAAAGGUAGAGAAAGAGAGAGGAAAAGGUAGAGAGAGAGAGGAGAAAGGUAGAGAGAGAGAGAGGAGAAAGGUAGAGAGAGAGAGAGGAGAAAGGUAGAGAGAGAGAGAGGAGAAAGGUAGAGAGAGAGAGAGGAGAAAGGUAGAGAGAGAGAGGAGAAAGGUAGAGAGAGAGAGGAGAAAGGUAGAAAAAGAGAGGAAAAAGGCAGAGAGAGGAAAAAGGCAGAGAGAGGAAAAAGGUAGAGAAAGAGAGAGGAAAAAGGUAGAGAAAGAGAGAGGAAAAAGGUAGAGAAAGAGAGAGGAAAAAGGUAGAGAAAGAGAGAGGAAAAAGGUAGAGAAAGAGAGAGGAGAAAGGGCUGUUAGUCUAAACCCUGUUGGGUUUCGUGGAGCACUGAGGCUGUGUGUGUGUGUGUGUGUGUGUGUGUGUGUGUGUGUGUGUGUGUGUGUGUGUGUGUGUGUGUGUGUGUGUGUGUGUGUGUGUGUGUGUGUUGUGUGUGGCUGCAGUUGUACUGGACUCAGCUCGCUGACCAGUGGAAAGUAGAGAGGGAGGAGUGGGAGGGGCAGUGUGCCGACUGGACAGCCUGACGGAGGGUCUGUCCGGUGGAACCAAGCCUAUCUGCUGCCUCUAGCUUAUGCAACCAUGCUGGAAAAUAAAGGGGCACCAGAAGUGGAUUCUAGAAUGAGUAAUGCGUCAGAAACGAGUAAAUGUGGAAUGGAGAGUCAGAGUGGGGACGGAAACACAGAAAUCCAAACGAAUGGACUGGACUUUCAGAGGCAGACGGUUCAGACCACAAGCGCAAUCACCAACGCACACACACAGGCUCUCCUCCAACAGUCCAAGUCAGAAGACUCGGGUGCAAUUCCGACCUCCGUCCAGCAGGGCGUGCUGCCUCAGGCCCAGCUCAUGCUGGCUGGGGGACAGAUAGCUGGAUUGACCCUGUCUCCAGCGCAGCAGCAGUUGUUGUUGCAACAGGCCCAGGCCCAGCUCCUAGCAGCAGCCAUGCAGCAGCAGUCAGCCAGCCAGCAGAGCAGCACUACGGGGGCAAGCAUCUCUGCCUCUGCAGCCACCCCUAUCACACAACUGCCACUGUCCCAGCCCAUCCAGAUCACCUCUAUUCCCUCUGGUUCUACCCAUCUUCCAGGCCAGCUAAGCCAGCUGGGAUACCCCUAUGAGAUGGCGACCUUCAGCAGUUACCUACCUCAGUUACAACAGCUGCAGCAGCAGAACCUGACCAUGCCCCAGUUUGUCCUGGUUCAACCUGGCCACCACAUCGCCACCCAGCUGCAGCCUGGCCAGUUCAUCAUCUCACAGACGCCGCAGGGCCAGCAGAGUCUCCUGCAAGGCCAGAGUCUUCUAACUCAACUACCUCAAAGCCAAGCCAACCUCCUGCAGACUCAUCCCAGCAUCACGCUCGCCACACAGCCAGCAACUCCGACCCGCACGAUAGCAGCCACGCCCAUCCAGCCUCUGUCCCACAGCCAGACCUCGCCCCCUAAACGCCUGGCCACGCCCAGUCUGGAGGAGCCCAGUGACCUGGAGGAGCUGGAACAGUUUGCCAAGACCUUCAAACAGAGACGCAUCAAACUGGGCUUCACACAGGGAGAUGUUGGCCUGGCCAUGGGCAAGCUGUACGGUAACGACUUCAGCCAGACCACCAUCUCCCGCUUCGAGGCCUUGAACCUGAGCUUUAAGAACAUGUGCAAGCUGAAGCCACUGCUGGAGAAGUGGCUCAACGAUGCAGUUUAUGCAGACAACCUGUCGUCUGACCAGGCCCUGUCUAGCCCCAGCGCCUUGGGCUCCCCUGGCCUUGGUAUGGAGGGGCUGAACCGCCGACGCAAGAAGAGGACCAGCAUCGAGACCAACAUCCGCUUGGCCUUAGAAAAGAGAUUUCUGGAACAGAACCAAAAACCUACCUCUGAGGAGAUCACCAUGAUCGCCGACCAGCUCAACAUGGAGAAGGAGGUGAUCCGGGUUUGGUUCUGUAACCGCAGGCAGAAAGAGAAGAGGAUCAACCCCCCCAGCGGUGGGUACAGCAACACAGGGACAGGCGGCAGCCCCAUCAAAACCAUCUUCACCCCUACGAUCCCCCUGGUGGCCAGUACGGCCAGCCUUGUGACCAGUAACACACCGACCACACUGACUGUAAACCCAGUGAUGCCUCUCAACAGCACCAGCGUGUCUGGCCUGACCUUCACAGGCACGACCAUAGGAGCGACCACAAACACGGCAUCAGUCAUCUCCACUGCACCUAUGGUUACUGCGGUGACCAGCUCCCCAUCACUAAGCCCCUCCCCCACGGCCCUCCAGGCCACGGGGACGGGCGGAACACUGGAGCACACGGUGGUCACGCAGGCACCGUCGUCCCUAGCGAACACUCUGGGGACGGGUCAGGUGAUGGUGGCUGGACUGGGCCUGUCGGCCGCCCUGCAAGGUGCCGCCCAGUUACCCACCAGCGCUAGUUUCGCUGCCAUGGCCGGGCUUAACCAAGGACUUAUGGCGUCAUCGCAGUUCACUCCUGGAGGGGCCUUGCUGAGCUUGGCUCCAGGGGGGCUGGGAGGGGCUCUGAACACCGCCAUGUUGAGCAACAGCACCCUAGCCACCAUCCAAGGUCUGUGGAGCGCUCUGGCAUCAGGCGGCGCUCUCCCCAUAACCUCGCUGGACGGGAGCGGUAACCUGCUGUUCGCCAACACCUCCGCCGGCAGCACCCCCAACCUGAUGCAACCCCUCUUCCUGAACCCCCAGAACCUGUCCCUGCUCACCACCAACCCUGUCAACCUGGUGUCAGCCGGAGCUGCUGGGGGCGGGGCCCUGCAGGUCUCAGCUGACCACCAGGUCACCACGGCGACUGUACCAGUUCCCGCUUCUACCAUCACCACUGCCUCCAGGACCCAGUGAAGCUGGAGGCCUCAAAUGGAACCCUAUGCCCUAUUUAGUGCACUACUCUUGGUUAAAUGUAGCGUACGAUAUGUCUGGCUCUGGCCAUAUUAGGGCACUAUAUGGGGGAAUAGGGCUGUUGUUUGGGAUUUGGCCUUAGACUAAUGGCUCUACCCACCUGUUCCUCCUCUUCCUUCUCUCUGUCAUCUGUCAUUAUUUAAAUAUUUUGCUGCCACCAAAAAGAAACCCUCUGUGAAGCGGGUUGGAUUUUUUAAUUUUUUAAAAAAUGUUGGUAUUUUUUUCAUUCUCUCUUCCCUAGUACUCCAAAAAUGAUGUUUUUAUCGUUGGACGCGGCGAGUCACACAGGAGGACUGGGGCGGCCAUUUUAUGAGGCAUGAUCAUCUUGAACUCUAUGGUUUGUGCUCCUUGUGUGACCCCUGACCAACGUCUUGGGAGAGUAAAUAACAGAGAAGACCCACCUUUUCUACUCCGUCACCUUUUUCACAAGUAGAGAUCUUUCUCUUCCCUGUUCAGAACUUCUUCUGAAGUACUUCUAACCAAAAAUGUGUGAUUUUACUUUUAAAAUUUUUAUUCUAACAAAAAUGAUUUACUACUAAGUUCACAAUCUACAUCAUCACUAAAAGGGGGGUUUGUGCGUCUCCCCUGUCUAGGUUGAGUUUAUUUAGUGUCAGAGGCUCUGUUGGAAAGGCCUCAGCACGAAUAUCAAAGUUUUAUUUUCGAGGCGUUCUCGUUUUAGUUUGUUUUCUCUUGUUUUUAUGUGAGUGAACAUUUUCAGAACUUUACGUCUAACAUUAAGUUUUGACUGCUAUAUAUAUAUAAUUGGUUUUAUCGUGGUUAUAAGGCUUUAGAAAUCUCGUAAUAAUAAGUGGCUGAUAUAAUGGUUAUCGUUGCUUUAAGGAACAGGGUUAGCUGCGUGGUCUCUCUCUGGUCCUCUCUGUCUGGUAACACUGAGUUUGACAUUUCGCAGUAGCCCAGUGGCCAUGGAGCAUUUGUAAAUGGUAGUCUAGGUGCAGACCAUAGACACUGAUAUAAGAAAUGAUAACGCUUAGAGCUUUAACCCGGGUUACAUAUGGACCCAUGUCUGUGGGGUGUCGUGGUGGUGGUUGUGUGUUGUGGGGAUCAUGGCGGGGGGGUUCAGGGUUCACAGUUCAGAGGUCAGGCAGUAUAGGGGCUAAGUGGUUUUCUUGUGACCUUUACAGCUCAGGCAAAUACAGACGCCUCUGUUAGCUGUAUGAUACAUGGAGUUCUGUGACUGAGUGUUCUCUGACGGUCUGUCUGUAUGGUUGCCAUGCCAACUGGAUGACGUUGGUGUGCGGUAGAUGGAGACGUUGUGUAUUUUUGCUCGGAUACUUUUCAUUUUUUUAAUGCCAUUGUUUUUUUAAUGCCACCAAUGAACUGCAGUCUGCCUGUUUUGAAAGACAAACAUUCUGUCACGUUUUUUAACAUGUUUUAUGGUCCAUUAUUUCUGCAGUCUUUCGACUGGCUUAUUUCAAGAUAUACCAAAAAUAUUUGUUAAAACUAGUGCUGUUUAUUGUCAGUGUAGCUUAGCCUAGUCCUAAUAUUUAUGAGUACAAACUCUCUCUCUCUCUACACAACAGGAGAUGAAAAUGCAAUAUGUUGAUGAUCACUUUCCAAAGACAAACUUAUUUUUAAAUUUGACUAUGGCUCUCCCUGCUCAGCUUUAAAGUAGCAGGGCAAUAACCAAAAAGAAAGGUAUGGGAAGACGGGAGGUCAGGUGUAGUGUCUCCCUGUAUAAAGUUCAUAUAUUUGAGGGGUGUUUAGGUUUGAAUGGUAGUGGUUAUAUGAUAUCAAUGGGUGCUUAUCCUCAAGGCUCGGUCCCGUUUCUCUACAUGUUUCCCCCUAUGAUGAUAUAGCAGACUGUCCUGAUCCUUUCUAGACUGGCAUAUCCGCUUUGGCAACAGUUUGGACUGUAGUCAGGCUUUCAAUAGUCGGGAAAGGGCUGUCCAUUUGAGUUUUUCUACUAAUCCUCAGCCAUGAAAUAAAAAGCUUGAACCAAAGUCGUUUUAUCACUAGCUGCUGUGCCUGUGUGAGCCAGCAAGUGCUGUUCACACGUUCACUAUCUUACAUAAUAUUACUACUGACAAGUUUUCUCCUCUUAAACCCACCUGUGUGCAUUCCCCACCUCUAACCCGCUUCUAAGGAACAAGGAUAUUUUAGCUUUAAUGACCAGCUGCUUUAACUUAGAAUGGAGGCAAACGUUCUGCGUGUUUUCUUCUAGCUUUGUGACCAUAUCCUGUUAGCAGGUCUUGGUUUCCUGUGGUUGAAGCCUUCUCUCCUUCCCCUCAAUGUCCAACUAGCUUUACUACGGGGAGCUCAUCCACUGGCAGCACCAGUAAAGACGUUUACCUGUAACCAAGCAGCAUAGUCUCUGUGCUGCCCUUAUCGAACUGCCCCUUUUCGUAACAACAACACCACACAACAAUAGUGUCGUUCUAUCGGCCCUAACAUAACCAGAUUAAUGACUGCCUAGUUUGAAAGCAGAGAAUUCGCUCCAUGCUGUUCAGUUUUUAUGUGCUCCUUUUUCACCCGUGAAUUACUUUGACUAAAUACCUCAGCAGCACAUAAACAUUAGGUUCUCUAAGAAAUCUGACACCCGCUGAAUAUUGUAGAAUGUACAAGAACUGUAAUGGCUGAAUUGUACAAGAUGGCAAAAAAGAGUCAUCGUUAUCUCAAACUAGGACAAACUACUACUGCUAUUUUCUAGUACUACUACUUAUGGGUAUUUCCAGGUUUUAACAGUUUAACAUUAUUUUGUGAUCCUUCUUGCCAAAGCAAAGCGAAAGCCUUUCUCUCUGCGGCUGGGUUGAUUUCUCCAUGCUGCUCACUUGGCUGGUGUUCUGUCCGAAUGGGACUUGUCGUUCUAUUUGUAGUCCUGUUUGUAGUCACUCACCAGUCGUGAAGUGCGGUAGCUAGGUGAACCAGUGUCCAUUGGCACCAUUGGAAGUUAAUGAAAUAUUUAUCUGCGGAACGACUAAAGGAUAAGAGAAAAAAAGCUUUUUUUUCUCUUCUUAAUUCUAUACAUAUAUAUACACAACACAUGUAAGAUAUUCAUAUUUUAUAUUUGAACUAGUAUGUUAUCAAGACUGAAUGUAGUGUUUUGUCAUGCUUAUAUUCAAAAGACAAUUUUUUUUAAAAUUAUUAAUCAUAGCAAUUUUGAAAAACUUUCAAGACCAAAAACUUAGACCGCGCCCCCUUGGUGCAUGAAUCGCAGACACCUGUAGCCAUCACGUGUGGUCUGUUGAGUGGGAGGGGCUUGCUCUGGUGCUCCUAUUGGACAGUCUCUGUUUGUGCUGUUGCUAGGGAAACGAACUCUGAAGCGCCUAAUCUUAAUCUUUCAUUGUCUUUUUUGUCUGUGUGUUUGGUUUACUAUGGACUUGAUUUGCUGUGCUGUUUUUAACAAUCGUUAUCAUUUUUUAAAAUUACGUUUGCCUUUAAUUGUUUUGUAUAGCACGAGAGGGCAAGAUCACUGGCUUCCUUAGUUUGACAAAAUAUGAAAAUUAUAAUUUACACCUUAUUGUUAUUUAGAAGACAAAAGCAUUGUAGCAUAUGUUUGUGUGAGAGUAAUCUAGUGAGAGAGGCUGCCUCCUCGCUAUCUUUUGUGUUUAGCUAGCCUACUCAGUGCAUAGUUAUUGGGCUUGUGCUGUUCUGGCACAGUUAUGUUGCUACCUAUGACUUUAGGGGUGACUCAUGCAGGUGGGAAUACCUGUAGGAAAAGCUUUACUAAUAACUGACCUCCAGCAGAGGUGUGUGUGUGUGUGUGUGUGUGUGUGUGUGUGUGUGUGUGUGUGUGUGUGUGUGUGUGUGUGUGUGUGUGUGUGUGUGUGUGUGUGUGUGUGUGUGUGUGUGUGAGAGAGAGAAGGGAGAGCUGACUGCAGACCACAACGGUGCAUUUGUUCUCAGCUGACAGAUAAAGUAUAAUGAUAAGAGCAUUGAAGGAAGAUGGGAAUAUGGAACAGUAACUAAAGUGUCUCAGUGAUCCAUUGCCUGUGAUGGAGGCUGAUACAGGAUCUUUGUUGGUAUGCGAUGGUGCACCAGUGAAUCCUCUGGUUUGCUAUAUUUAAUUAUAACCUGUUGUGAUGGCUCAGUGGAUCCUUCAAACAUACAGGAUCUUUGUGCGUUAGUGGGGAUCCCCUUUGAUAUAGUUUUAUUGUGUUUGGUGCAGUUGUGGUUUUGGAUGUCUCUCUCAGGUUUGUCUGAUGCUCUAGAAGUGGUUCUGUGUUGAUGUAUGUGGCGCAGUGGUUCUGUGUGGUGGGUGUAAAGGUUUUGUAAAGGGAGAGGGCAGCGAGACACCAGGAAGUCUGGGGUAACUAGCUUGGUUAAGGGAGCUGCUGUAUACCUCAUUUCUAUCUCGAGACUGAGUGAAACUUGCUUUAAUCUACUUUAGUAAAGAAAAAUAUUAAACUUAAGAAAAAAAACAUGAACACCAAAACCACAUGGUCCUAUCAGAGAAGCUCACAAAUGUCUGUUUUAAGAGUACAGAGUGUCAUGACAGCUGCUGCCACUGGGGGGAGACAGGACACACUCCAGCACUCAAGAAUGUCUGCUUCUCUUAAUUUUUUAGACGAAGAGCAUCAUCAUCAUCAUCAUCGCUCACGCUAAACACACAGCGACGUCUCACACUUCCACCUCCUAUUAUAAUGCUGAAAGUAUACUCACAUUUCAGUUUUUAGUAGUAUGUACUUGAUUUAUCCCACUCCUAUUCUGUUUUCUAUGAUUUGACAAUCCUAUCCUUUUUAUAUUCUUAUUUAGAUUGUAAAUGUAGAUGUUGGUGUGUGUCUACUCACCUGGUGGCACGCUGCCUCGCUGCACUCUCUUUCCUGUGGUAAUGUUAACCAAAGACUUCCAAAGUGAUUGUAUAUGGACUACACCAUCUCUCACCCCUCUCCGCCUCAUCAUCCCACGAGAAAAGACAUGCAGCUGUGCUCACACACAUUCUUCCCUGAGCACCUGUAAUGACGAUACGCCUGUAUGGCAGAGCUGUGUGUGUGUGUGCGCGCCGCCGACACAACAGGCACCUGUAGCAGGGCCUGUGCGUGAGGAUAGGUAGAGUUUGGAGGGGCAAAGUGAGGUUCUCUGAUAGACAGAUCAAUUAUCCAAUCCGGUGAUGUUUGUUAAUACACAUUGAGGGUGCAUCCUGUGCACGCUGUAAAGGCUCAGGAGUCACUGUUUCUGUCCCUCUGUCUGUCUGUCUCCGGGACUGUUGCUAGGACACACCUUUUCCGUCUCAAAGACUGUCACAAAAAUACACUGUUUCUGCUUCUUGGAUACAGUGCGUCUGUCUGGCUCCCUAUCUGUGUAUUGUAGUUGCCAGGAUACAUUGUCUCUAGGAUACAAAUUCUCUGCUUCUUUCUCUCUGUCUCACCACUGUUUUCUUUCUUUCUCUGUGUCUCUCUCUUGCUUCUCUCUCCCGCUGUGACACUAUGCAUUGGCUAAGCUCUUUGGUCAAUGGAGUCCCAGGGAAACAUUGUAUGCUGCUUUAUUCCAAGCGGGGGAGUUGUAGGAUCUCACAAGCGCUAUCCCAAAGCAAAAAAUAUCCCAAAAAUUUAAUGUUUGACAAACGCAGAUACCAAAGAUAACUCUCUCUGUCCUGUCACACUCUCUCUCUCUCUUCCUCUCACCCUGCAGCUUGUGUAUUAAGAGAUAACCCAGCACUGGCUUUAGCCCUAGCCCCAGUAAUUCCAAAGCUUAGAUGUAUAUUUUGGUAUAUUUCUGAGAAAUCUAAAUGGGAAAAAAGUCUGUUUUUAAACAACAAUCUUGUCUGUUUGGUGUAUCGAUCUUUUUCUGUCACAGCAUGGAACUAAUUGCAGAAUUGUCUUACUCUUGGUAGAUUAAAGAUAUAUAGUAUUUUUGUAUGUUUUGGGGUGUGUAAAAAACAUUCUGUGUGUGAUUAUAUCAGUUAACACGGCCCAAGUGUCCAUGGUUUAAAAAAAAAACAAGCAGAAAAAAUACAAUAAAAACAAAAGGUCAACUUGUAAAUAUUACUUCUGUUUGUGGAUUUUUGAGGAAUGCAUUCUGUAAAAUCAUUGAUAAUUGUCCCUCUGUAAACCAAGCUUGGGCUAAACUAAAGGAAUGUGUCCCCUUUAUCUUCUGACUAGUUUUUCCUCUGAAUACUCCCUGUCUGUCACUCUAGAACUCUGGGAGCCAUGCUGUCGUUGUGACGCGCGGUUCCACUGUUACACCAUGGACUAGAACACUGCUCACUGUUGCCACGGGGACACAUGCCUCAUAUCCGACUAAGAACCCCCCCCCAGACAUGGUGGUUGGCAGCAUAUAGAACAUUAAGUAUGUGAAUCAGGAUACAUGGUAGAUUUGAUGCAUUUGUCUGCUGUAUUUUUGUUUUAGUUUUUUAUAUAUAUAUAUAUAUAUAAAGAUAAUCUUUUACUGUAACUGUACAGUUCUCUUUUGUUGUAAACGUCAUUAAACCAUUUUCCAAGUGUUUUAACAUUGGAA